GGGUUUGCUGCUCGAUAGAGGUCACGCAGUUGGAUAGGUUUUGGUGAUGGACGCGCGGAUGUCCGUUUGGAAAGAGGACAACAUGCGAAUGAGGGUGGCGAUAUCGGUGGCAACAGGCUCUGAUCUUUGUUCACCCGUAAGUUCGCAAGCGAGGCUAUCAACAUACUGGGUGUUGACAGCGGUCAUAUCGAUGCUGGAGGAUUGGGCCAUGUUGGGGGAAGAUGGAGUGGAUGCGGCGGCAGCGGUGGAUGAAGCGAUGACUGCAAAUGAGGUGGAGGCAGAUGCGGCGACAGUAGCGGUCGCUGUGGCAGCAGCGGCGACGACCACGCGUUGAGAGUUCUUGGUGUUGCGUGCUGGCAUGUGGAGAUUCGGGGGGGGGAAGGGCAAGGGGGGGAGUUUCUGAUUUAUUUAUCAAUAAAUAAAGAUAAUUGCCAAGA